AUGCAGUUGACUUUCCUCCUCUCGAGCUUGCUCGCCGCUUCUGCGGCCGCAACACCCACUGCUACCAUUGACAAGCGGGCUCAGACCUGGUGCGACAGCUUCGGUAGCCUCCAGACCAACGGUUAUGUGGUCUACCACAACAACUGGGGCUCGGGUUCUGCCUCCUCUGGUCGCCAGUGCACUACCUUUGACAAAGUCAACAGCGGCAACUCUUUCGUAUGGUCUACAGAAUGGACCUGGGUUGGCGGCGCGGGACAGGUCAAGUCGUACGCCAACGUUGCGCUUGAGAAGGUCCACAAGAAGCUUUCUCAGAUCAAGUCCAUUCCCUCCAAGUGGACGUGGCGCUACACCGGCACCAACAUGAUUUCCAACGUCUCCUACGACCUCUGGCUGGCGCCUUCCACCACAGCCAAGAACUCGCAUGAGAUUAUGGUCUGGGUGGGUGCCUAUGGCGGUGCUGGCCCCAUCAGCGAGACUGGAUCUACCAUUGCUACUCCUACUGUCCUGGGCAGCAAGUGGAAGCUCUUCAAGGGCACGAACGAGGGCGUCAUCGUCUUCUCGUUUGUUGCUGAUAAGAAUAUUGGCAACUUUGAGGGUGACCUGAACGAGUUCUACAAGUACCUUACCUCCAACCAGGGCGUCAGCAAGGAUCUGUAUGUCACUAGCCUCCAGGCUGGCACUGAGCCUUUCGAGGGCUCCAACGCUGUCCUGAAGACCUCCGCGUACACCAUCACGGUCAACUCCAACUAAGAACUGUUCAUGCACGACUAGUCUUGCAUUUAAGCAGCAUACUCUUC